UUAUUUUUAUUAUUGAAUUUUGAAAAAUUACGAUUUAUGUUAUGCAGAGAUCUAUAAUAUGUUAACAUUUUGUUUAAAUCAUUACAUAGUUUUUGAAUUAUUAAAAUAAUUUGAAAUUUUAUGACAUGGCGGGUGCAAAAAUUUACUCUAUUUUAUGUAUCUAACUAUGUCGGCAAGAAAUUAUAUGUCGGCUCGAGAGAAGAAUGUAAAUAGAGGGGAUUGUUUACCGUAUAUUAGUCAACAAAAACCUCGUCGACCGGAGCUUUCUGUACUCUCUGCGAAUGCUUAUAAUUUGAAUAGAAAUUUAGUAUACUCGUAUAACAAUUUUGCUGGUGACAGCUUGGAACGAUCAGGAACACCAUAUUCCGAUUUCCUCUCAGAGAGUGAGACAAGCACACCAGACUUUCAUAGUGAGGAGAGUGAUAGCAGUGCGGGAUCAAUUUUAAAAAGAAACACAGCUGAGACUACAAGAGUAUUAGCUGAUGAAUGGGAAAGAAUUGAGAGAACUCUGUAUAAUGAGGAUGGGGAAAAAUCGAAAAGACCUGAAAUUAUAGAGGAAUGUCGGCAAUGGCAAGAUUUGCACCCACAACUUAGAAUAAUUGGAAAGGCAAUCUCUAUACCAGAUAAAAGAUUACACUAUAGACAAAUUGAACAUGAAGAAGUUAUUGCAAUGCACUACAGUGACUAUGAACAAUUUAGUGAAAGUGAAGAGAGACACUCUCAGAGCAGUACAGAUGUCACACCUACAAACUCACCUCGGACAUCAACAAGUGACAUUCCAGAUACAAAACUAAACAGAGAAAAGAUAUCAUACCAAUACUCACCAGAAAUUGAUCUGUUAGAUACAUUUAGUUCACUGUUACAAAUAAAGCCUAUACAAAUAAGGAGUCCUUCUCAUAAGAAAAAACAGAAUCAAUCUAUACUAAGAUCAGAUAUAGCUUCUUCGAAAUGGAUGAAGCCAUAUCGUCCUGAUACAUCUGUAAAUUAUGGAAGAAAUAGUGCAAAAUCGUACAUUUCUCUAGAUCAUACAAAGAAUUCAAAUAUGAAUUCCUUAGAUAAUAGAAUUAAUUCAAGAGUUUUUACAGCAAGGUUAAGAGAAUCAUCUCUACAGCCUUUGUAUUCACCUGAACCACAUAAUGGAACACUUAGGUAUGGGCAACAAAAUAACUAUAAUAUAAGAAAAGUAUCAUUACCACCCUUGUUGCGAGAAGAAGAAAAGAAAAAGGUAGUUGUUGGAUCUGCCAAGAAACAGAGUAAGUCUAGAAAGAGCAGUACAAAACUUCAUCUGGAUAGACUGAGACAUAACUAGCAUGUCCAACUGAAAUUUGGAGUUUAGGUAACAAAUAAAAAAAACAUUUGAAUAUUUAGGUAACAAUACUGGAAUAAAAAGAAACCUAUGUGCUGUAUCUAUUAUUUCUUCUAGCCUUGGUUUUGGAUUUAAUUG